UUGUGGCUGAGGACUCUGUCUCCCCCCUGUGGCUGGCAGGUGCUAUGACAAGCGUCUGUGGCCUAGGAUGGACCUAAGCAGGAGGAAGUCACUGACCCCACCCAUGCUUAGUGGGGUCGUUCGCCGCCAGCCCCGUGCUCUGGACCUCAGCUGGACAGGUGUCUCCAAAAAGCAGCUCAUGUGGCUUCUGAACCGACUGCAAGGCCUGCAAGAGUUGGUGCUUUCCGGGUGCUCCUGGCUCUCCGUCUCUGCCCUGGGCUCGGCCCCACUGCCGGCAUUGCGGCUCUUGGACCUCCGCUGGAUUGAAGAUGUCAAAGACUCCCAGCUUCGUGAGCUGCUGCUGCCUCCACCAGACACUAAACCAGGGCAAACGGAGAGCCGAGGUAGGCUGCAGGGAGUGGCAGAACUUCGCCUAGCCGGCCUGGAGCUCACUGAUGCCUCCCUGAGGCUCCUGCUGCGCCAUGCUCCCCAGCUCAGUGCCCUGGAUUUGAGUCACUGCGCCCAUGUCGGGGACCCAAGUGUUCACCUCCUGACGGCUCCCACUUCCCCUCUCCGAGAGACACUGGUGCACCUCAAUCUCGCUGGAUGCCACCGCCUCACGGACCACUGCCUUCCACUGUUUCGUCGCUGCCCACGUCUUCGCCGCCUGGACCUACGCUCCUGCCGCCAGCUCUCACCUGAAGCUUGUGCCCGGUUGGCAGCUGCUGGACCACCUGGCCCCUUUCGCUGCCCAGAAGAGAAGCUACUUCUCAAGGACAGCUAGUUGGGUGCCUGUAUUCCCUUCCCCCAGGACUCCACUCGAGCGCCUGGACCUGGCGCCUUCAUUUCACCCCCUGUUGGGAGGCCAGGUUAUUUGUCUUCAUGACUUGGCUCUCCUCUAACUUUAAUGACUUGGGAUUCCUGCCCAGGGACUUGAGCCAGCCUUCCCCUUCUCUCCCACCUGCACUGAUAUCUCUGGGGGUCUUUGCUUCCCAUCUCUCCUUUUCACCUGCUUCAUUGUCUGUCCCCGUGGGGGUGUGGGUCAAGGGGUACUGGGGAGGUGCUGAGCCAAAGGGAUGGUGGGGGGUGUGAAGGCACAAGUAGGGAAGAACGAGGGGAAAUGGUAUCUUGCACACAGGAUACUGGGAGCCAGGGGGCUGGGGGAGGUGAAGAAUGGGUGUGGGGAGGGCAGAAAGCAGACCAACAACGGUUCAUGAAACAAAGACCAGUUGGGUGGGAAGGGGGGCCAAAAAGGGAAACCAGAGGAGCAAUUGAGGAUCCAGGUGUCGGAUAGGGGGCUCUAGAAGCCAGGAAAUGCCAGGACUUGGGCCUGGGAGAGGAGCAGAUAGGGGGAUAGUACCCUCUCUGUGGGGUUACCCCUCGCCCCUUCCUUCCACCCUGAUUUCAGUUCCUUCCCUCGCCCUGACUCCUUGAACGUCACUGAAAAUGGCAGCUAUUGCAAGGAGUAGGGGCCGUGGGCCUACCUGUUGUUCAGCUCAUGGCCCAGGGGAGUGGCAAGGGGUAGCCCAGACCCCUGCCUGGCUCUCUACACAAUACUUGAACAUUCAUCUGUACUGAAGUGUUACUUGAACCGGGGGAACCUCGGACCUGGGGGAGUGUGAUGUGAGGGGACCGGCUUGACCAAGACUGAGCUAGUGGAUACCCAGUUUGGACUUCCCACCCCCAGCUCAGCUCUCUUGCGUUACUGUCUUGAACAGCUCCACCCCUCCAACCUGAGUUGGGGUGGGGGAUUUCAGCUUAAAGAUGGGCAAGAUGGGACUUCUCCAGUUUGGCUCUUCCCAUUCUUUCAUCGUCAUGGAAACUGUGUCCCAUUUGCCCAGGGAACUGCCACUUCUGGUUGCCGUGGAAAUAGCAGCCAAUGGACACCUCCGGAAAUCAGUGCUAAGACUGGAACUGGUCCCUCUUAGUUGCUGUGGGAACUUAGUAACAGACCCUUGGCACCUCCCCUCUCCCCACCCCUUUUCUUCUUUCAGUGUGGGGGUGGGGUCUCAAGAGCCUGAGGGAGGAGUCGGGUCCAGGUCCCACUCAACUUAGGCCAGGGGGAACUGGAUUGUACCACAUGGGGGUGGGGGGAGGGGAAUCUAUCCACAUACCUCAGGUAACAGGAAGGUGCGCGGGUUGGGGGCGGGGGCUGGGCGGACCAAAGGCAGGAGGGAGGGGGGGCCUGGGGUUGGAGAAAAGCUUGACGAUGGGGCAGCUUGAGGGAGGGGAGGAGGCACCCCGGCAAGGGGCAAGUGGGGUACCCAGCCGGGCUGGACCCCCCUGAACCCCCAAGUCUGUACAAUAUGGUUUGCUAUAAAACUCAGAAUCUUCUAGCCGGG